CUCAGUUUUUUCAUAACCUUCUAUUUAAACAUCAAGAACUACAAACCAGUUGCAUACUCCUUCAAGAGUCCUCCAUCUACCACAUCUGACAGACUUCCAUACUACAAACCAGUUGCAUACUCCUUCAAGAGUCCUCCAUCUACCACAUCUGACAGACUUCCAGAAAUCUUAUAUACAAAAAUCACAAGAUGUUCAAGCUAUCAUCUCCAUAUUUUUUAAUUGCAGUGCUAAUUGCUUCCCUACACACAGCAAUAUAUGUGGCUGCCAUCGAACCAGUACCAGCUGGAGGAGAGCCUGUUCUUGAGCUGUACAUGCAUGACAUUCUAGGGGGCAGUAACCCUACAGCAAGGCCAAUCACUGGUUUGCUAGGGAACAUAUAUAGUGGCCAAGUACCCUUUGCAAGGCCAGUAGGAUUCGUUCCUCCAAAAGGUGCAGUAGCCAUCCCCAAUGCCAAUGGUGCCCUUCCAACUGUUAAUGGUCUCAAUGGCAUUCCACUAGGUACUGGCUUGGCUGGUACGACUUUUGCAGGACAUCCCAAUGGUCAGAACACAAAUGGUCAGAUCCAAACCCAACUUGGACCAGACGGAUUGGGACUAGGCUUUGGAACGAUCACUGUCAUCGAUGACACUUUGACCAACAGCCCUGAGUUAGGGUCACAACAACUGGGAAAAGCUCAAGGAGUUUAUGUGGCUAGUUCUGCAGAUGGGAGCACACAGAUGAUGGCAUUUACAGCCAUGUUUGAAGGGGGAGAAUUUGGUGAUAGCCUAAACUUUUAUGGCAUAUACAGGAUUGGCAGCGCAAUGUCACGUUUGUCGGUGACUGGAGGAACGGGCAAGUUUAAGAAUGCUAUCGGGUUUGCUGAAGUACGAGGACUUGUCCCAUCAGGUCAAGCAGUCACGGAUGGUGCAGAAACAUUACUGAGGAUCUCUGUCCAUUUGAAAUACUAAGAAUACAAGUUAAUUGGAUUAAAUGUUUGUUUGUUGGCGUGAAAAUUUAUGUGGUCAUGGUUUGUGGUUUCUCUUGGUUAAUAGACUCUCAUACUGUCAGAUGUAUCAGACAAUGCAACUGAAAUGUCGAAUAUGAAAAUAUUAAAUGAUCUUGGUUGA